GGGAAAGGCGGCGGCGGCUGCCUCGCGCGCGCGGGACGAGGAGGCCGGCUCCGCCCCCCUCCCGCUCUCCUCAGAAGCGCCGUCGCCGAGGAAGAAGAGGAGGCCGGGAUGGCGGCGCGGCUCAGCGAGGGGGCCAUCGCGGUGAGAGGGGAGGCGGGGAGGGGACUCUGCACAUGCUCGCGCGCACGGCGCUCCCGCUUCCUCUGCCGUGGCUUUUUUUAGUGAGGCUGAGGAGAGCGGGAGCCGCCAACCCCGGAUUAAUGACUCCUAGCGCUUUCCUGGCGACUUUGCAAGUAAUAUUUGCACGUGGCUAGAAAUCCAGUUCGGGAAUACACGAAAGUACACGUGUGUCUGUGUGUGUGUGUAUGCAAGAACGUGCAUAACUUACAGUUGGUUACAUAAGUUUGCUUAUACGUGUAUGUUUUCCAUUUUACAUACUUGUAUAUACAGUGGUACCUCGGGUUACAGACGCUUCAGGUUACAGACUCUGCUAACCCAGAAAUAGUGCUUCAUGUUAAGUACUUUGCUUCAGGAUGAGAACAGAAAUCGCGCGGCAGCAAGAGACCCCAUUAGCUAAAAUGGUACCUCGGGUUAAGAACAGUUUCAGGUUAAUAACGGACCUCUGGAACGAAUUAAGAUCUUAACCCGAGGUACCACUGUAAUCCCUAAAUCGUAGGCACUUUAUGUGUGCAUGUGCCUAUUUGUAUGUUACCCUGCCAGGGUGGUCUGCAGCCACAAUAAAAACAUCAGAAACCAUUUUUUAAAGUACAGAACAGUCAUUGGAAUGUCUGGCUACUGAAGAAUGCCUGUGUAUCCACACACUUAUUUGCAUCAAUAUGAACUGCAAGGGGAGAGAGACUUUCCAUCUGGCCAGCAUCAGGCAAUGGCUCUUUCCACCUGCCUUGCCCCCUCCAACCCUGGCAGCCUUCAUGAGAGAGCUGCUCCAGAGUGUUACGAAAAUUACAGGGGGGGCGCACAUCUUUAAAGUUAAAUAUUACAAAUAUUAUGCCUGAAUGUAUCCUUUCAACUUGACAGCUCAGGGAAGUUCCCUAGCUUUAAAAAUAAUAUAAAAUCAUCACCUUUCCCAGUUUCCUCCAUUCCAAAGCUAUUUUCCCCUUGAAAAAGGACUCCAGGAAGUUCUCAGAGGUGAAAAUUGCUGGGCUCAUUGUUAGCCAAAGGAAGCCAAAUCUCAUCACCUGACUCGCCUCAGGCUCCAGACGUGCAAAGGAACUUCUAUUGUACUUUUGGGUGGUGGGUACUUAAGACAUAUUUGUCUAUGCUCAUCUUAUACCUGGGUCUUGCCCUGACAUGUCUGCUUAUGCUAAUCUUGUACCAAGGACUUGUCUGGACAUGUUUGCUAAGUUUAACCCCUCCCCUUUUGUGACAUGUCCGUGAUAUAGCAAUGAUGCUGUACAAACUGUAUUCUGGGAUAUGGUGGGGAAGUUUUAAAAGUCUUUGUCACCCCAUCCUCGGGGUUCAAAUUUGCUCUUUGAACCUAUUGCGUAAUAAACUUUGGUCUACAGCUAUUUGCUCCAGUUGGCUGGACUCCUUUCUUUAUUCCGCAGGGACCCGCGGGCUCUGCCCGACGAGCUGGGUGACUGAGCAGCCUCGCACCUAGAUUUUUUCCAUAACAUUAGGAAGAACUGCAAGGGGAGAGAGACUUAUUUUUAUUUAUUUGUUCAUAUCCCACCUUUUCGCCAAAACAGGGACUCAAGGCGACACAGGGUAGAGUUGUAUCAAGCAUUAGCCCUGCUCAAAGUAAACCUUUUAUCAUUAACGUGUGAUGAAUAGCUUAGUCUUUUAACCCUGGGCCCGGUUUCGGCCGGGGAGGGUGGGAUACAAAUAAAAGUUGCUGCUUCUUCUUAUUAUUUCAGUGGGUCUCCUUUGAGUGAUAAUGUAGUCCAGAAAAAUACAAUAAUUUAUUACCUGCCUUUCACCAUAAGGUUCCUGGGCAGGUUACAACAAUUAAAACACAAUGUUUAAAACAGUUUAAAACAGUUUAAAACAACUUAAAAUCGCAGAUAAAAGGUCGGCUCUCAUCGGGUGCCAAAAACUGGAGGGCUGCAGGUUCCCCACUCCCUGCCUCCUAGAUAUGCUCCUUUUGCAGGCUGGGGGAGCUGGAAUUGCCUCCCUGGGGAACCACCUGUAAAUGUGCUGAUCCUUGCUCCAGGAGAAUGAAAAACUUCAUUUAGUCCAAGGAACCCUUUUCCUGAGAUCAGGCCAUUCACCCUCUCUUGCUCAAAGGCGUCAGCUGUCUAUUUCUUUUUUCAGGCCAUGAUGCAAGGAGAGAAUGUUAAUAAUCCCGUCUUGCAGCUCAUUGUGAGUAUUCCCUGCUGCCUGUCCAAUAAGCUUCAAGAUAAAUGUACAGGAGGCCAGGUACUGGCCUUCGGGGGGGGGGAGCUUUACCAUCUUGACCCAGGGGGCAAAGCAUUGGGGACACUGUAUGUGUCCUUCACAUUACUGUUCUUGCCUUAAGUCAGCUCUCCUUGUUGGACCUAACCGUGCCUCUUGUGCUUUUCUGUGCAGACCAUCCGAGCUAUCUCCACUGGAACCGGCCCACAGCGUUACCGGAUGCUGAUGAGUGAUGGCGUGCAAACCCUUUCCUGUAAGCAUCACGUGCACAGAGACAGUUGGUUGGAGGGACAUUGCUGCAAGAUGCUCCUGGACAUCAGCACUGGCGAUUUGGAGGGGUGUUGGUGUAGCUCAGUUGUAGAGCCACAGGCUUACACCCAGAAGAUCCCAGGCUCAGCCCUUGGCACACCCUUCUUAAAAAAGGACCCUGAGUUAGACAGGCUAGGAGAACCCUCUGCCUGAGACCUUGGGCGGCCACCGUCAGCCAAACAUGGUACUACUAGGCUAAAUAGACCAUAUGCCGUUGUGACUAGAGGCCCACUGCCAAUGUGCAUUUACAAGAGGGUGUGGAUUGCAAUCACAAGGUCUUAAGAGUUUACCCUACACUGGUGAAGUAACUUUCCUAAUUCCUGCUCCAGUGAAGUUUGACUUACUCUCUCUCCACCUUGCUGCUUGGCUAUUGGUUAGAUAAAGACUAAAGAAUCGGUGGUUUUGGUUUUACUUCCUUCCAAAGAAUCCUGGGGACUGUAGUUUACCCUUCUCAGAGCUACAGUUCUCAGCACCCUUAACAAACUGCAUUUCCCAGCAUUCCUUAGUGGUGGUGGAACAUGCUUUUAAAUGUAUGGUGUAUUCACAGCCCUUUUCCCCCUCCAGAAAAAUAGGAACUUGCUUUGGUAGGGUUUGGUGGAAGCCUUCUUGUGCUAGGGGCCUCAGCAUGUUCUUGAGCCUUUGGGUUUGAGAGCUUUUUAUGUUCUUUAUUAAAAACAAAAAAGGAAAAAGAAAAGGGGGGAGAAAACUUAAAGGAUUGUUAUUAUACAUAUCCUGAACUUUAUCUAAUGCAGUGUUUAUACAGUGGUACCUCGGGUUACAUACGCUUCAGGUUACAGACUCUGCUAACCCAGAAAUAGUACCUCGGGUUAAGAACUUUGCUUCAGUAUGAGAACAGAAAUCGUGUGGCGGCAUCAGGAGGCCCCAUUAGCUAAAGUGGUGCUUCAGGUUAAGAACAGUUUCAGGUUAAGAACGGACCUCCGGAAUGAAUUAAGUACGUAACCAGAGGUACCACUGUACCACUGAUUUCCAUAUAUUGUUGACUUUGUCCAUAGCAAGUCUACGUUUAUAUGUAAUUUGCUCAUGCGUUGUGAGUUUAUACAUAUCUUUUAUCCAUUCGCUGAAGGGAGAUGCAUUUUUGUUCUUCCGGUUCAUUAAAACCAGUCUUUUUGCUGUAUUAAGGGCAUCUAGAAUCUAUUCAUACUGUCUCUUAGUUAGAUUGCAUGUAUUGGGAAUAUAAUUCAAAGGGAUAUUUUCCUCUGCAAAUUCAAGAUUUUUCUGUAUAGUCAUGUUAAUCAUUUCUAUUACUCCCUUCCAAAAAUUUACCAAUGUGGGACACUGUAUGAACUUAGGUUUUUUUAAGAGUUUGAGAGCUGUUGUGUCACGUGGCUUAACAUGGCUUCAGUUUCUUGGCUUAAUGUAGAGGCUAUUCUGUCUCAAAUUGUCUUUUUGGGAACGGAAUGUUGGUUUGCAUUUCAACUAUAUCCGUAGAAUCAUAAUCAGUGCAAGAUGCAGUUGCAGGCCUCCUUGGCGUGUGGCUGUCCUCCAGUUUUUAUUCAGGCACCUCUAUCAAAGCAGAGUCAGUCUUUGGGUGGGUUGUUGAUGAAAUGAGUGUUGAUUUAAGUCAAGCAGUUCUUAGAUCCCUGAGCAGUAACCUGAAGUCUUAUCACAGCCAGGCCACAAUCACGCGGUGCCUCCUUUCACCUCAUAAAAUACUUUCCCCCUCCUUUCUUCUUUUUCUUCUACAGCUUUCAUGCUGGCAACACAGCUGAACGACCUGGUUAAUGACCAGGGCUUGAGUGCAAAUGCCAUCUGCAAGAUUAACAGGUUCAUCAUUAACGUCCUGAAGGAUGGAAGGUAACGGCUCAAUCUGUGAUAAAAGUGAGGGCCUAUGAUUCUGCUUUACAAUCCAAUCCCCUCUAGUGUGACAUUAAGGUCCAGGCAUGGUGUUUUAUUCCUCUUGGUAUGGUUUUGCGGUGUUUCAUCUUAGCCCUCAGGUCUGCCACGGCAACCUGGGGAGGAAGUUUGCAACAGCAGUUUUUCCUUAGAUUUUUGAAUUGCCUUGUUUACCCACACAUAGCCACAUUGAGGGUCUAAAAAAACAAAAAGGACCAGCUCUCGGAAGAUUCGGACUACAACUCCCAUCAGCCCCAGCAUCAUAAUGGCUGUACAAUGCUGGUGCUGAUGGGAGUUGUAGUCCAAAACAUCUAGAGUGAGCGCUGGCUUCUGGGGAGCCUGAUCUAGGGUUCAAGACUCCGAUACAGCAUUGUGUCCCCUCCUUGUGGAGAGCAGGCAAGCAGGCAGCAAUUUCUUACACAUUUUGUGUUUUUAUUCUGUUUCAGAUUUUGGGUAAUUUUUAAUGCUUUUUAAUCUCUGUUGUAAACCCCUCGCAGAACUUCACUUAUUGGGUAGUGUUGAGCAAAUAAAUCACAAAAUCACAUGUGACAAAAGUGGUUUCUUUUAUGGGCCAUAAAAUGUGAAACCACCAUCUGAUCCAAUGGUAGUUAAAAUGCAUUCGAAAUAAGAAAACAAUGGGCAGACAGAAUGUAUUAUUUCCAGUUCGCCUUUCUCUGCUUCCUCAAGAUUUCCAAAUCUUGGACUGUAACCCCACCCCACCCCCAAUACUCUUAAAUCCAGUACAGUGGUACCUCAGGUUACAUACGCUUCAGGUUACAGACUCCGCUAACCCAGAAAUAGUGCUUCACGUUAAGUACUUUGCUUCAGGAUGAGAACAGAAAUCGUGCUCCGGCAGUGUGGCAGCAGCUGGAGGCCCCAUUAGCUAAAGUGGUGCUUCAGGUUAAGAACAGUUUCAGGUUAAGUACAGACCUCUGGAACGAAUUAAGUACUUAACCUGAGGUACCACUGUACUAAUACAGGGGUGGGUAAACUCAGACCCGAGCCCUUUCUGACUCUCCAACAUGAUUCUCCAGCCCUCUCUGUCUGGCUUGCAAAACUUGACCCAGCUUUGCACCUCGAGUAUUUUAGCAGGGCUGGGAAAGUAACUUUAAACCCUGGUGAUGCUCCUUGGUUUCCUGAAUGGAAGAUAGAGAGGGGUUUGUGAGUAGAAACUAGCUGACUGUACAAAGGUAAAAACUGCCGUGUGUUGCUCUGCCUACUUUUCCCUCUGGUCCUGCUUACUGCUGCCAUGGGACCCUUGGAAAAUUGCUGUGAAGGAAAUGUGGCCCUUGCAUGCAGCCUCCCCACCCCUAUUCUAACAUAUGAGGACCUUCAGGUAUAGGGUGGUAUAUAAAUUCAAUAAUUAAAAUUAAAGUGCAGCAUGGAUUGUAGGUGCUGUAGCACUUAAAUCCCCAGUUUGGGUUACCUCUGCCUCUCAGGUAUUGCCCUGUGGCAAAAGAUCCUGGCUCCUGUUUACCUUUCCAGCUCACAGUCUCUUAACAAGCAAAGCAGGCACCAGGCGGGUAAAACUUCAGCUUUUUCUUUGCAGGAAGGUGGUUAUUGUGAUGGAUUUAGAAGUCCUCCAGACGGCCGACAUGGUGGCGGGGAAGAUAGGCAAUCCAGUGCAGUACACUGAAGGUAAGGAGCUUUCCUGAGCAAUGGGUCUGCAGGGGCCUUGUUCUGGCAUCUUAACUGCCGCGAUGCCCUUUUCAAUGAUGUGUUUUCCCUGUCCUAAUGAGAAACAGGGAUUUUGUGUUUUGGCUUGAAAUGCCUUUGUGUCUGGAUUAGCGAUUUCUUCUCUGCUGACGUCCCCCGUUACUCCGGGAUCACUUCUCUCAUUCAUAACUCCUUCCGCUUUGGUGAGCGGUCGCCACCGUUGGAAUGUGCUCGGCCCUUUGGAACAGAGUCGGAUGACGCUAAAAUUGAGUUUUCGGCGCCCAGUAGGCAGGGCACAUCUCAGAUGAAGGAUUAAAUCCAUCAGCCCAAGAGAAGGUGGCAAGUGUUCUAGGGAGAACCCAUAUUUAAGAAUGCUAUGAGUUAUUUGCAACACACUGGUGAACCACAAAAUUUCCUUGUCCUCACAGAGAGGAGCUGCGGGAGUUAGUUGGUUCAUAGGUUGAGUCAAAUCAGCCUGACUUAAUGCAGAUGAUUUGAACUUCACAAAUUUGUGGAGCGUAAAUCUAAAGCAUAAAUUCAGGUCCAGAAGGAAAAUAUUCUGGGAGUACAAAAACAGUUUUCGUUGUCCAUUUGCUGAAGUGUGGAAAUAAACAACCCUACAGCCUGGAUAUCCACAGCCCUUAAAGCUUAGUGUGUGCCUGUUUUAAAUGCAGCAUAGAUGAAAAUGAGAUUUUAUAAUGAGACUUCACUAUAUAGCUGCUAGGGUUAUUAUUGUUUAUUGAAAUAUUUUUUAUCCCCCUCUUAACCACCCCCCCCCCCGAGGCUCACAGACUUGAAGAGGCCGGGGGCGGGGAGAGAGAGAGAGAGACAGUCCCUGCCCUCAUGAGACAUGGCACAAAAUGAAUAUGGGUUGGGAGAAAGUUAGAAACAAGCAAUCUGAGGUUCAAGUUCUUGAGUUUACAAAUACUGUAUUUUUCGCCCUAUAGGACGCACUUUUUCCCCUCCAAAAAUGAAGGGGAAAUCUGUGUGCGUCCUAUGGGGCGAAUGCAGGCUUUCGCUGAAGCUUGGAGAGCGAGAGGGGUCGGUGCGCACCGACCCCUCGCUCUCCAGGCUUCAGGAAGCUAUCAGCAAGCCUAGGGAGCCCGUGGGAGUUCCUGCAGGGCUCCCUAGGCUGCGGAUAGCAGCCUGCUGCCCGGAGCGCGGGGCGCACUAACGCAGAGCGCCCCGCGCUUCGGGCAGAUAUCCGCAGCCUAGGGAGCUCUGUGGGAACUCCCACAGGGCUCCCUAGGCUGCAGAUAGCAGCCUGCUGCCCGGAGCCUGCUGAAGCAGAGCGCCCCGCACUAGUUCCAGGAGUUUCCUCCAUCCUCUGCGUUUUAUUUUAUUUGAAGACGUGUAUGCGGCUUAAAUUUAGGUAAAAGUUAUGAGCGGUUUACAAAGAAUGUACAAGGUUCUGGCCAGUGCUACUCCUCAGAGUAGACCCAUUGAAAUUGAUGGACAUGAGCAGCCAAAAUGCAACUGAUAAACUGUACAGUUUAUCAGCAUUCACCAAUGUGGUGCCCUCCAUGGUGCCUGGGACUGGCGUGAGCUGGGAGCCCAACAGCCCCCUGCUCUGUACACUGCUUUGACUGGUUGAGCAGUUGCACGAAAGACCGCAAGGGAGCAGGUUAGACUUUCCUUGCCAACUCUUGCCACUGAAAUGGCUUUCCCCCCUUUGCUUCCCAGGCACUAUGCAAGCAGGGCAGCAGCAGAGCUCUGGGAGCCUGGCAACCAACCAAGCCCCUAGCAGGCCAGCACAUCCGAAUGAGAGCACAGCCGCAGCAGCCACAGCAGCAGGUAAAUGGUCCAGGAUGUGUGAAGCAGAGAGAGAAGGAGGUUUGAGGAGUAGCAAGAGAAGGUCGUGUCUUGCUGCUCCCAUGCGGCUUGGCUUCUCUUGUCUGUGUGAGGUCAGGGUUGCAUUCAAAACCACUGGUCAAAAUGUUACUUGCUGCAAUUUGAAGGGGGGGGGAGGUGUGGUGGUUGGUUGGUUUAUGGCUGAAGGCCCUUCCCAGUCUUGAGAUCUGUGUAGGUUUUAGUUAGGGGUAGCCAAUGUGGUGUCCUGCAGAUACUGCCAAGCUCCAGCUCCCGACAGCACCUCUGACCAUUGGCCAAGGUGACUGCUGGGAGUUGGAGGCCAGCUGUGUCUGGCAGAGGGGCCAUCCCUGCGCUAAGCUCAUUCUGGCCUCACAAGAACUGGAGAGAUUUGGGCUGCCCUGUGCUAAGUCAGGGCUGCCGCCAUUCUUAAAUACCCAGAGCAAACCCAUGGGAAUUGAUGUACAGUGGUGCCUCGCAAGACAAAAUUAAUCCGUUCCGCGAGUCUCUUCGUCUAGCGUUUUUUUCGUCUUGCGAAGCAACCCUCUUAGCGGCUUAGCGGAUUAGUGCUAUUAGCGGUUUAGCGGCUAUUAAAGGCUUAGCAGCUUAGCGGCUAAAAGGCUAUUAGCGGCUUAGCGGCUUAGAGAAAGGGGGGGGGAGCGAAAAAAAUCUCAAGACUCGCAAGACAUUUUCGUCUUGCGAAGCAAGCCCAUAGGGAAAUUCGUCCUGCGAAGCGCAUCGAAAAACGGAAAACCCUUUCGUCUAGCGGGUUUUUCAUCUUGCGAGGCAUUCGUCUUGCGGGGCACCACUGUACGUGGCUCACAUAGGCCCAUUACUUCCAGUGGAUCUACUUUGUCGUAUGCAGCUAUAGGAUCUUUUGAGCGAAAGGGCAAAGAGGUUUUGCUCAGUGGGCGCCCACUUCAUAGGGACGUAGGAAGCUGCCUUAUACAAUGCCCCUCUAACCCAGUAUUGUCUGCACUGGUUGGCAGAAGCUCUUGAGCAAACUUUUUCAGCAGGGGGCCAGUCCACUGUCCCUCAGACCUUGUGGGGGGCCAGACUAUAUUUGGGGGGGGAUGAAUGAAUUCUUAUGCCCCACAAAUAACCCAGAGGUGCAUUUUAAAUAAAAGGACGCAUUCUACUCAUGUAAAAACACGCUAAUUCCUGGACCGUCCAUGGGCUGGAUUUAGAAGGCGAUUGGGCUGGAUUCAGCCCCCGGGCCUUAGAAGAGUUUGGAUUUGAUAUCCCGCCUUUCACUCCCCUUCAGGAGUCUCAAAGCGGCUAACAUUCUCCUUUCCCUUCCUCCACCACAACAAACACUCUGUGAGGUGAGUGGGGCUGAGAGACUUCAGAGAAGUGUGACUGGCCCAAGGUCACCCAGCAGCUGCAUGUGGAGGAGCGGAGACGCAAACCUGGUUCCCCAGAUUAUGAGACUACCGCUCUUAACCACUACACCACACUGGCUCUCAGUUUGCCUACCCAUGCUCUUGGGGGUUUCAGGCAGGGAGCCUUUCCCAACCCUAGGUGGAGCUGCAGUCAGGGAUGGAACCUGCAUGCAAGGCAAGUACUCUGUCACCAGGCGCUGCUAUCGUUCGCUCUGCUGGCCUCUGCAUGGAGCCGGCCUUGAGCUGGGGAUAGGGGAGCACCUCUGGCCCUCCAGCUGUUGCUGGACUCUCAGCUCCCAUCAUCCCCAGCAUGUCCAGUGGUAAGGGUUGGUGGGGAUUGUAGCCCAGCAGCAUCCGGGGGGGGCACAGAUAUUUCCUUCCCCCUGCUUUAAAUGGAAAGCCAGAAAGUCCUGCAGGUGGGGAAAAGUAACAUCAAAGCAUACUGGACUUGAUUUGCCAAAGGUUUCUCUUGGUGCUUCGCUCAACACUGAGCUCUUUGAGUUUGGCUCCUGGAUCGUUGGCAACAAACGUUUAUAAUUAAAAGUGCCUUUUUGUUUCCAAGGGGUGAGUGGUGCUAACAGGGAGGAUGGUGACACGGAGUUGAAAGGCAAAUUGAAAAAGAGAGGCAGACGCUGAAAUUGAAACAGAAAAAUAAUUUUUAGCCCCUGUCAGGUUACAGCGGAGCUUCAUUAAUAAUGAUAGAGCCAGUCAUUUUCGUAGCUUGCAGAAAAUUAUCAGAGGCGCACACUGUAAUUGUUAUCUAAAUGAGGAAACACAGCUUUGUGCUGGCAUUUGAUAGGCAGCUUAAUUCUUUUUCUCUCUCCCCCCCCCCCCUUUUUACUUAUUAUUAAGGCAUUAUUUCACAACAGCGAAACAAACUGCGGUGCAGCGUAAAUUAUUCAGCAUAAGAGAAAAGGAAAUACAUGUCUUGCAAAAGGAGUUUACAUAUCAGAACAGCUUGUGUAUAUAUUGCUAACAUUAUAAAACUUCCGGAGGCAGACUAGUCGGUUGCAACAGAAACCCCUGCAAAAGUGUCUUGUUGCCACCUCAGAAAAGACAAUGCACAUUUAUGAAGGUGCGAUCCCUCGUAGGCGGCAGCCCAUUUCACUAGAGGUGCAAAGCGUAGGCCAGAAUAAGUAUGUUUUAAGUCUUUAAGAUGCUGAAAGGAUCUGUGUUGAUUUUAAUAUUGUAAACACCCUCCCUCACCCCCCACUGGUGCUGCAGUUUGUCCUCUUUUUCAUGGAAUGUGAAAUUCAAGUGAUAACAGAGAAUGUUAGCAAACUGCAUAAUGAGGCUUUCCCCCCCUUGCAAUACUCAGUGUGGCUGGUGGGGGGCAGCGUUUGCACACAGAAUUGCUAUAGAAGGGUACAAGGCACUAGACUGUGAACUGUCACAGGGUGCCAGCUGAGUGUUGCGGUGAUUGUUCCCUUUGGGCAGAGCAGGAUGCUCUUGGCCAUAAAAGCUAAAUGCAAAACAACAACAAAAAGUUGUGGUAAUAGCUUGUACCAGCUCUUGCCUUUGCUUGAGAUAUUGAAAGGGUGGGGUGGGGGAAGUGGCCGAGUGGCGCCAGAACCAGUCUGUCCUGGGUUUUGGUCAAUACAUGGAAGGAGCUCAAGUGCCAGGCUAUCUUGAUGUCGCUGCUGCGCCGCAGAGCUGAAUCCCUGAUCGUAGGAUUGUCGAGUCGGAAGGGACAGUGAGAGGCAUCUAGUCCAACCCUCUGCACUGCAGGAGUCACUGCUAAAUAAUCCCCAAUUUAUGGCUACCCAAGAUCUGUUUAAACAAACUCCAGCAAACAAGAGUCUGUCACCUUCUGAGGAAGUCAAUUCCCCCAUCGAACAGCCUUUGCUGCCAGAAAGUUCUUCCUAAUGUUUAGCUCGAUACAUCUCUUGUCUUUAGGGUCUGCGUCAAAAUACAUCACCCCUUCAAAGGUGCCUGGGAAGGCAGGCGGCUCCAGCUUCCUGAGCACCCCUGGGGGCUCCCAGACCAAAGUGGUGCCCAUUGCCAGUCUGAACCCGUACCAGUCCAGGUAAGUUGUCCAGCGUGAGGGCCUGCCACCACCAUGGCCUGAACGCCCUGGGCACUCAGAGCUGCGUUAGCUUCACGUCAGGGCUUGCUGCCCCAUUGCCCUAUGCUUGUGUCUCUGGUCCUAAUUGCUUAGCCCCAACUACUGUGGGAUUAACCUCUCCCGGUUGGGUGACAGAUUAAUUUUUAGGAAGUUGAUUUUGAAGCCUGCAGGUGCCUCUCUUUUUUUGGGGGGGGGGGAAGGGCUUUGCUCCUGUGGCACAAAGUCUGCAGAAUCCGAUGCAAGCUGCGCUCUUGAGUGCACGUGCAUGCGUCUUUGCCUUGUUUUUCUUCCCAGCGAAAACAGAGUGUCCUUCCCAACUGCGUUCCUAGCAGGUGGCUUGGGCAUGGCAGGCUUCCAUUGUGCCUGUUUACCGUCCUUGUUCCUUUGCGUUUCGGGUUUCCAAUGCUGCCGUGCUUCAUUCAGCAAGUCACUGGCUGUAGUCAUUGGUGUAAAUUGUGGGGGAAGGCGAAGAAUAGGGAGGCUUACUCCUACUGCGGCAGAACAAAGGGGCUUUUGUGCUACGAGAUGUACGAGAGCUAUGAGCUGAAUGCCACUUAUUCCAUAUGCACAUCUGAUGAAGUAGGCUGUUGCCUACAGAAGUGCCUGCCAGGCGUGUUCCUUUGUCUCUGCCCUGUAGGUGCUCUGCUGGGUGAGCGGGAGGCAGUCCCUGGAUCAGCCAUUGGCUGUCAUGAGGCUUGUAAGGCGGGGUUGGAGGCCCUUUCAGCCUCAUUCUCUUGUGGGGGGUAACCUUCUGGAGAGCCCACAUGCCAAUGCUGGGCGUGGCUGGAGGCAGAAUUGGGUGGAACACCAGAUUUGAUCUGUAUUCCAGUGGGAUCGGUGCCAGUGGUUUCUGUAGGACCACAUCUCUUACCCUGGCAAAAGCACUCUAGGAGAGAGGGGUGCAGGGAAGGGGUGGAGUGGGAAGCCCUUUGGGGAGGGGGAGUCCAGAGGGCUGGACAGACAGGCCUAGAGGGCUUCGUUCUCCCCCCUCCACACACACACACACACACACACACGGUAAGAGACUGCAGCCCUUCCUGUGUGGUUCUUCCCUGAUCUUAAAAUGGAUUUCAAGGCUGUCCGUCUAUAAAGGCUCUGGAAGAGAUGCUGGCAGGAGCUAGUCCAAGUGGGCUGGCAAGGUUCCUAAUUCUCCCCUGUGGUUCUAGGUGGACAAUUUGCGCCCGGGUGACUCAGAAGGGCCAGGUCCGUGCAUGGAGCAACUCACGUGGGGAAGGGAAGCUUUUCUCCAUCGAAUUGGUUGAUGAAAGUGUAAGUGUUUGUGGCGAGGGGCGAAUUGAAGGCUGGAUUGGGGUUGGUGGGAGUUGUAGUCCAAACCCUCCAGCAGGCACCCAACUGGCAAAGGCUGUUGCAGAAGAAAACUACAGAGAGAUCAGCCAAAAGCUCUGAACUUUCUACACGCUCCCGUCUCUGCUGCCGCCACUGGAUUCAACAGCCUACCUUUCCUUGAACGCUCUGAGUUCAAAUCGACCAUUCCCCCAUUCCCAGUCUUGAAAUGGAAUAUUUACUCCGCUGCUUAUUCCCUGAGAGACAGAGACUGGCCCAAGGUCACUCAGUGACUAGGACCAUGUCUCCUCCAGACCUUCUCUAGCCUUCUACCCCACAGGUUCUCUGUCCACCGAAAACCUUGUGUCAGUAAGGAGGAACUUUUAGAGAGUAGAGCAGCCUGCUGGUUUCUGUUGCUGCACCCCUUUAAUGGACAGCUGGCUCUGCUGCUGCUGCUGCAGCAGUGUGGAUUGCAGGUUCUCCCCCCCCCCCCCCACCCAGCCGCCCUGUGGAAUCGGGGAGGUAUGGUAUGCAAAUGAUUAGCAUCUCCAAACAGAACAUCUUUUUAAUUGGAAAAUAAAUAUGUAACUGGAGGAAAACUCCUGCCUCCAGUUUGUUUGUGAGGAGGGAAGCUUGAUUAGCCAAGCCCUGUACUUAAGCUCUGUAAUUCCAAGCUUUUGAUCAAAUUACAGCUCUCUUCGCUGCGCAGAGGCUUGUUGCCUGCUUGUCUGCGUGUGUGGAAACAUUUUUUGGGGGGGAGGUGUGGCUCUGAACUCCUGGCACAUCCUCGUCAGCUGUUCCUUUUGCUUCCUCUCUAUCUCCGUGCUGUCAGGUUCCUGACUGACGGUUUUUAUUACAAUUUUAAUACUCCUCCUGCAUAAACAUCUUAGCUGGUGGUGCUCUAGCUCCGCUUUUAAUUAUCACUUUGGGAAGGGCCUGUCACAACACUCUGGGUGCCUCUGCUCCUGCUGCUAUGUGGGUGAUGUCAUCCGCUAAUUUGUGGAGCGAGAAGCAGGUAUCAGGGAGCUUGUGAGACGACGACACUGUCGUGGAGCCGGAAGAGGGCUCUCAGCUGGGCGGCAGCACAAGGGGCUCCUUGCUGCUUUGUAGGGGCCCAGGUGUGGGGGACCUUUUGCUGGACUACAAUUCCCAUCAGCCCCAGCAAGCAUCGUCAGUGGCAGGGGAGGAUGGGAGUUGUAGUUCAUCAGCACCUGGGGGGGCAAAGAUUCCCUAUGCCUGGCAUAGGCCCAGUUCUUCUGGAGUUUAUUUUCAGGGGACUAUAGGGAAGCAUGCAACCCAGAGAGUCUUCUUGGAGUCCAGGUGGGGAGAGGAAUCUGUUCAUAGGUAUUAUUUUUAUACUUAUCUAUUCAUUUGCAAAAAAAUACUACAUCACUGACAUUAAGGACGGGGAAACAACAUGGCAGCGAACAGCAUAAAAUCAACAGUAAAAUUACGUUCAUAAAGCAAAUACAAAAUACCUCGCAUCAUUAGGAUUGUCAGCUGAUUUGGCAACUAGAAAUCAUCUGCCCUUUCAACAGAUUGAUUGAUUUUAAAUUCAUGUGAAAUUUACAUGCUACCCAAGCCUGCCUCUCUGGGAUAAUGGUGGAACUGUGAGAAUUUGCAAAAGGUUUCCUCUCCUGUUGCUGAAAGGGAAGGCCAUCUUUUCACCUUUUCCAUCUUCUGUGGUAACAGAUCAGCACUGGUGCCUGGUGGGAACAGACCGGUGCCACUUCUGCUGUGGCCCUGGGGUACAUUCAGGUGGUUUGUGGCAUGCCUGCAGAUUUAUGGUUGAAGAUAGGAGACUGCAUAUCCAUCACAACAGACUUUUUUUAAAACAACAAACCCUGUUAGUCACUUUUUUGCUACAGGCAACUCAAAGCAACUUAACAAAAUAAAAAAAUCAUGCAUUAAAGAAAACAUUGAAACACCCCACCCACUCUAAAAAGCCCCAGAUCAUUAAAAGCCAAAGGCCUGAUUACAAAGGAAUGUUCUUGCCUGGCGCCUGAUGAUAUAUAACAUUCAUAUUGACUGCUAAUUGUAAUUUAAUUGCUUCUUUUAUUUCUUACCUGUUGUAUCUUAUUGAAUUGCAAUUUGAAUUCUGUGGAAUGGUAAUACAAUAUGUAAGCAGUGAAAGCAGCAGUAAAAAUACUGCUGCUUUCACGUACAGCAUCUAGCACAGCACAUUGCUUCAACAGGCGAAAGAACCGUUAAGGGGUCUGCAAAGACCCCCCCGCAAUUUUCAUGUGGUCGGGGGGUGGGGUUAGAAUCCCCUUUUUGUGCUGAUUGCCCUUCCUGCUUCCUUAUUUUAGGGUGAGAUCAGAGCAACGGCCUUCAAUGAACAAGUGGACAAGUUUUUCCCCCUCAUUGAGUUGAACAAGGUACUGUGCCCUUGGCUGGAUCAGCGGGGGUGGGGAUGUAUUUUAAACGUGUUAAAGCAGAAUGUGCGCAGCCUGCCUUCAUUCUUGCCUGGAGGAAUAAACCUUGUGUGGGUCUGUCUGAUCUGUGGGCCUGAUAACUGGAAUCUUUUAAGGCUAGGGGGAAGAGUGUUGCAGUUACUCUUGCCUAAGGGGUGAAGGGUUGCAGUACAGCUUGAUUUGCCCAUAGCCAAACCUCCCCCCUCCCCUGCAGGGUCUCUGGGUUAGCUCACAGGUUAGGAGGUGUGGCUGCCCUGUCCACAUGCCUGAAAACAAGAGCAGAGCUCUCGUAUAGUAAUAAUCAUGGUUAUUUAAUUUAUCAGCGGUGUUAUACAAAAGAAAAAGCCUCAGAGCAGCUUGGCAAGUUAAAAUGCAACAAACUAAAAGGAGAAACAUUCAAAGCAGGGAACAAUUCAAAAGCACAAGGUGUUCCUCUGCUAACAUAAAAGGCCACAAGACCUCCCUGCCCCACUGAAAGACGAGCACCACCGUGAGAGGCAGCUUAGUUGUCAAAGGCCAGCAGAGUAUUCUGCAGCUGGAGCCCGUUUUGUGUGGUCACCCUCCACCCCUCCCUCGGGUGGGGCAUCUGGAGAAGGGCCUUUGAUAAAGACAGCAGGGUUUGGGCUAGCCCAUAUAAAUUUGAGGUUCCCCUUUCAGGAGACAGCAAGUGGACUUGUCUGAAAGCGCAGGUUCCUCUGUGUUUCUGGACGCGACUCUGAUCUCCCACCCCCUUGGAAUUUCCUUAGCUGGGGUUGAGAAGGGAGCAGCAGAGCACUUGAAUUGGGGUGUGUGCGGUUGCUUCACUCUUUUUUCUCUGCCUCAGGUCUAUUACUUCUCAAAGGGCCACCUGAAGACGGCCAACAAGCAGUACACGACCGUGAAGAACGACUACGAGAUCACGUUCUCGAACGAUACGUCCGUUGUCGCCUGCGAUGAAGCGCAGCACCUCCCCUCUGUGAAGUUUGACUUCGUCCCCAUUGGUGACCUGGAGAGCGCAGACAGAGACGCCCUUGUGGGUGAGGCAGGCAGCGGGGGCAUCGCUUGCGUGUUUAGCAAAAUGUUUCUAGGCAGCACUGUCAUAACAAUCCAGCCAUGUGAGGAUAUUAAAAACAACAACAAUAAUACCACCACAGCAAAGUGAUUUACAGCACACAAAAUUACAGUCAAGUCAUCAAGAAAAAGAUGGCCAUUGCAAAGACCUUGUCUGAAUAACAGUUUUUAGGAGAUGUCUGAAAGAAGGCAGGAAUGAUUCCUGCUGAACCUUCAUUGGCAGGGAGUUCCAGAGGGCCUGCCACCCUAAAGGCUCAGUCCUUAGUGAAGGCAGCCCAAGCCUCAGGGGGUAUGAGGGGAACCACAUGAUAGGCCACUUCAGAGCAUCUUUAAAGGUCCCAAAGGCCUUGGGCAGCCACCCCCAACCUGGCGCCUUCCAGGGUGUUUUUGACUACAAUUCCCAUCAGCCCAAGUCAGUACUGUGCUGCUGCCUUAGGUACUGAGGUACGAGUCUCUCAUGCUCACUCGUUGGAAAGAUCCCCUGGCACAAUCCCAGUGCUGCUCCUUGUUGCCAAGAGACCAGCAGCCUUCCUCCUUCACGCAGAGACCUAGCCACCAGCUAGGGUACAUGGUAAUUUGUGUUUUCACAAGAAGAGGACCACUGAAUUGCUCUCUCGACCUUCCUCCUCUUGGCUUGCUUUCUAGACUGGCUCUGCCAGACUUCCCCUCCCCUGAGUGAUCCCAGCUCUUGUAGUAGCUCAGGUGAACGGUUCCAGACUGCCUUAGUGCACCAAGGCACAGCUUUCCAGGGCCUUACUAAUUCGAAAGGUGCAUAAGCAAACUGGGCUGUGGGUCAGGGCUGCAGUACUGCUGCAGUAUUUCCCUUCAGGGUGAUAUUAUUAUUAUUAAUUAUUAUUAUUAUUAUUAAUUAUUUCUAUGCUGCUUAUCUGACUGUGUUGGCCCAACCACUCUGGGCAGCUUCCAACAAAUUAAAGCACCAAACACAGUGAAACGUCAAACAUUAAAAACUUCCUUAUCCACAUUUAACAACUCAGAAUGAUACUUUUGAAGGCAGCCGCCACCAGGCUCCUCCGUGGCCAUGCUUCUGUCCUGCACGUCAGCCAAGGGUUUGUGCCCUCCUCACAGGAAAACCCCCCGUUCAUGAAAUGGAUCCAAAGCCCUACCCCUGGUGAUGCAUGGAGUAGCAAAUGAUAAGUGUACGGUGCUAAUUAGGAUCAGAAUGUCAGCAGAGGCUGGCGGCUGGCCAAAGGAGGCCCUUCUGGGCCCAUGUCCUGUUCCCCACAGCGACCAAUCAGAUGCUCUUCCUCCCCACUUGUGUUUCCCAGCAACUGGUAUUUGGAGGCAUACCACCGCCGACACUGGAGGGAGAACAUAGCCGCUGUAGCUAAUAGCCACCGACAAGCCUUGUUCUAAGCAGUUUACAGGUAUAAAAUCAAUUAUAAAAUCUAUACAUAAUUAACAAUAUACAGUGAAACUAUUCCAUCAAAGCAUUAAAAGCAUCCAUAAUUUAAUAUGCAGUAAAACAAGCCAGUUAAAACGCAUAGCAAUUAGAAGAGUUAUUUUUAAAAAGCUAUCAGAUCAGGAAGUUCAGGUUCAGGUGUGUCUUCAAGAGUCGGCGGAAGGCCAAUACGGAUGGACCGUCUCCUAUUUCGGCAGGGCUGAUCUGGGCUACUCCACUAACAUGGGCUGUGCCAUAAACGUGUGGAGGAUGCUCCUAACAACCCUCUGCUUGCCUUUCAGAUGUAAUUGGGAUCUGCAAGAGCUGCGAGGACAUCACAAAAAUCACCAUAAAGUCUUCGAAUCGAGAGGUGUUGAAGAGAGUUGUGCACUUGAUGGACAUGACUGGGAAAGGAGUGAACGUCACUCUGUGGGGAAACGACGUAAGUUGUCAGAGGAGUAGGGAGCCCAUUCAGGGCAGACCCUUAAGAUCGUAGAAAUCAUGCAAUUGUAGAGUUGGAAGGGACCCCAAGGGUCAUCCAGUCCAACCCUCUGCAAUACAGGGGGGUUAAAGCAUCCAAGAGAGAGGGCCACCCAACCACUUCAUUUCUGCUGCUCUGUUGACCAGCUUGCCUCACCUGUGGACCCAGGAGAAUGGCACCCUUUGACAGGUGCCUCUUGGCGCUGGAUCUGGGAGGAGCCAUAGUAGAGCCCGUGGUUUUGUAUGUAGAAGGUCCGAGGUUCCGUCUCUGGCAUUUCCUGUUCAAAAGGAUCAGAGGGGAGGCAAUGAGGAAGACACAGUCCUGACAGUCCUAGCAGAGCAACCUCCUCCCGCCUGGCACUGUCCUAUCAGGCUCAGCCAGCACCACUGGAGAAAGCUGAGGCUGCUGGGACUUGUAGUGUCUGAAACAUCUGGAGGGCGCCAGGUUGGGGAAGGCCAGGCAGGGCACUGAUCUCACGAGAGGGCAGCUUCCGGAGCUGUAGUUUAUUCUCAGCUCCUUGCUUUAAAAGCCAGGGACAUAUUUUUUAUUUCCUAAGGUUUUUGUUCCCUGCAAUUCCCCUCCCCCGCCCCCAAGUAGGGUUGAUUGAGUCGUGAUGGCCUUGGGUUUAAUGCUGUCGUGCUCAGAAAGCACUGAGGGAGUCAUUUCCAUACUUUGCACCGCGGCUUCCUAGGUCGAUAUUGCAAACUCCUCUUGCUUUUGAAACAUUGGGGAGUUAUGCAGGGGGGUGAGCAGAGCCCACGCGAGCACCACUUUUCCUGCCACCUUUUGUAGAGACCCGAGAACCAAGGGCUGGUUGAGAAAGUGCUUGCUGCACUUGCGCCCAGGGAGACUCAGGGCCACCCAGACCCCAUAGGCAUGCUGCUUCUCGUGCCCUACAUAGGGAUGAACAAGGAGUGCCUGCUGCAUCAGGGCAGUGGCUCACCAAUCCUGUGCCUAGUCCAUUUAGGGACCAUGGCCCAGCAGGGCUCUCUCUCCUCUUGGGAUUCCCUGCCGCCACCAUUCAGGUGCAUUUACUGUCCCUGACAGUGGAAGCAGAACAUAAGCAUGAGUGUUAGUAACUAUGGUUACUACCUACUUUCUUCUUUGUGGAUUUGUCUAAUUGUCUUUUAAAGCCAUCCAGAUUGGUGGCCAUCACUGCCUACUGUGGGAGGGAGUUCCAGAGUUCAUGUGCUAUGAUGUGAAGGAAAUACUUGCUUUUCAGCCGAGUUCUAGUGCUUUCCCCCCACCAUGUGUACUUUUCUCAAGCUCUAUCAUGCUGCUUCUCACUCACCUUUCCCCUAAACUCAAAUGCCCUCUUGUGGAAUGAGUGUGCCCCUUCAUCUUUAUCUUCGCAGGCAGAGAACUUUGACGGCUCUAAGCAGCCUGUGGUGGCCAUCAAGGGAGUCAAAGUCUCGGAUUUUGGUGGCCGGACUCUGUCUGUUGUUUCAUCGAGCAGCAUCCUCAUCAACCCUGACAUCCCAGAGUCCUUCAAGCUGCGUGGAUGGUACGCUUGCUCGCUUCUGUGAGCGCCGCACGGCACGUGUUGGAUUUAACAUCUUGGCUAGAGUGGGGUGGGGGGAAGGUAAACCCCACGCCAUUCCUGGCCACAUGCUUGCAUGCAAAAUCUAGGCACUAGGAAUUUGAGGUGUUGUUCCUCUUGAGAGAGGCAAAACACGCACACCCAUAAUCCUGUGACCAAACCUUGAAGGAUUGGGUGUUGAAACAGAUGUAGGGUGUGGGGAGAGGGUCAGGCAGAAGCAGUUCCCUGAUCUGUGCAAGGCAGCAUGAAAUGGGAUUCUGCUCUGGGAGCCAAGGGGGCAAGGUGUUUGCUUCACAGGGCAGGUUCUGGGCACCCUGGAGGACAGUGGAGGGCGAGGCGGAUCCGACCCAUCCGCUGGGAGUUUUUUGCAGGCGGCUGCUUUUGCAGCACAGCUCCUUAGAACAUAAGCAGAACCCGCUGGAUCAGCCCAUCAUCCUGUUCACACAGUGGCCAACCAGAUUUUGUAUUUUUAUGUUGUGAGAACCGCCCUGUGAUCUUCGGAUGAAGGGCGGCAUACAAAUUUAAUAAAUAAAUAAACCUGAUGCCUGUGAGAAACCAGCAAGCAGGACUGAAGCGCAAGAGCCUCUCUUCUCCCUCUGGGUCCCAUCAGCUGGUAUUCAGAAGCAUCACUGCCUCCGACUGCAGAGGCAGGGCAGAGCCAACCUUGAUAGCAGCCACCCAUAGCCCUCUCCUCCUCCAUGAAUGUGUCCAAUCCCCAUUUAAAGCCGCUCAAGUUGGGGACCAUCUCUGCCAUCUGCCGGAGGGAGUUCCGUGGUUGGACUCUGUGCUGAUCGUUUCAGCGAGGUCUCCCGUGAUUCCUGACCAUUUCAGUUAGAUCUGCCCACUAGGCCAGCCUGCUACCCUCCAGGUGAUUCUGAUUGGCUUCACUGGCUGGGGUGGGGGAGAGAGUUGUGGUCCACAUCACACCAGGCUGCCCCACAAGACUUGCACCCCAUGUUUGCAUCAGUCAGGAGGGGGCUUGUCCUUCGGAUUUCCCACCUCACCCACCAGAUGCCCAUUAGACCAGCCUUCUUCGGGGACACCCCCUCCCCGUUUGUGUUUCCUUCCACUUGCUCUCAUUUGUAGAAUACUCCUGCUUCCUUUGAGCCUCUUCAGGGGGAGGCGAUGCUGCUUUCUUGUUCUGCGAGGGGCUUGCCAUUUAUUUUCACUCUGGCUUCUGUGUUGAUUACAGCAUUUGACAUGAUGCCAAAAGGGCAUUUAGUUGCUGGCAGCUGUGCAGAGGCUGUAGCCGCUCCACACUUGCCUGCCGGAGCAUCAGGUUCUGGGGCCAGGGUAGGGGAAGAGUUUUUCCUUCCCCACCAGUUGACGUGUGAGGAAUCCGGACGUGGCCAAAACACGCUCAGGGAAGCUUGCAUGCAUUCCUGAAUCAGCCGUAACAAGUUUUGAGAAAGUUGCUUGGUUAACCGUCCCCCCCCCCCCCCCCCCCCGUCUAUAAACGGGGCGCAGACAACCCCUCUCUGCUGCCUCGUGUGUGUUGCUGAGGAAAGGAAUCCAUUAGCGACGGAGGCACUUCAAUAAUGCACUCCGUUUCAUUUGGCGCAUUGUUCCUCUCUAAGUGCUCUUGGCACACUCAAGGCUGUGCCAGAGACAGAAGAGGAGGCAGCCGUGCUCGCCUCCUCCUCCCCCUGCCAAACGCUUCUCUUCUGAAUUGCUGGCCAGCCUGAGAAGCCACCAGGAGAGGCACAGGAUGGUGGCGUCUCUUGUCUCUGGGCACCUCCUGCAUGCUUGGAGUGCCGGUGCGUGGGCUGGCAUUCAUGGGCGACUCUGCAGGCGUGAUGGAGGUUUGGAGAGGGGCUUGGAAAGGAGGCCGAGCCUGCCUUCUUGGUAACCGUGUUGGGGGAGGACGUGAGCACCGGAGGGAGGUGGGGCAGGCAGCUGUGAGGCAGAAGCAGCCGUGGGGCAGAGCGUGGCCAAGGAGGACCAAGCAGGUGGUUGCGAGAGAGAGCCUCAAAAGUGCCAAGGACCUUGGCCACCCUGCCUGACUUCGUCCCUCUGGGACAGGGGUCAGCAACCUUUUUCAGCCGUGGGCCAGUCCACCAUCCCUCAGACCAUGUGGUGGGCCGGACUCUAUUUUGGAAAAAAAAAUAUGAACGAAUUCCUAUGCCCCAGAAAUAACCCAGAGCUGCAUUUUAAAUAUUCAUGUAAAAACAUGCUGACUCCCAGACCAUCCUUGGGCCGGAUUGAGAAGGCGAUUAGGCUGCAUCCGGCCCACGGGCCUUAGGUUGCCUACCCCUGCUCUGGGAACAGUUUUGGAAGGGAAGAGCCACAGCUCCGUGGAAUAGAUGCCGUUUUGCAUGCAGAAGGUUCCAGGUUCAAUCCCGGCAGCAUCCCCAGGUAGGGCUGGGAACGACUCCCUGCCUUGACCCCUGGAGAGCCUCUGUCAGUGUGGACAGUACUGGGCUAGGUGGAGCCAGUGGUCUGACUCUGUAUAAGGCAGCUUCUGUUGUUCCUCUUAAACACAACUGCGGCUUCCACUUCAGUUCAGACUCUCAGGGCCUGUUUACCUCUUGGAUGUCAGAGCUGAGCUGCUUAAGAUGUGCAAGCGAUGGGCUCAUGGGCAUAUGAAACUCAAGUGCCAAGGGCUUGGCUUGGCUCCACUCCUUUCCCUUCUGCCUUUUAGUUGUCCGCAGGCAAGGAAUGAUGUUGUUUUGUAUGGAGGAGCACUGGUCCAUGUGAGCCCCGCAUGUUGCCACCUUGAUUAUUGGUGGGUCCUUCUCAAGCACUGUCACCAUUUUUCCAGAGGGGGAUGUGGCUGCAUCCCUCCAGAACGGGGUCAGUAGCUCAGGCUGGCUCUGUUCCCCGAGGUGCCUGCUUCCACUGCAGGCUUGAGAGGGGAAUCCUUGAACAGGAACUCAGGCAGCGAUAGCUGCCUAGACUGCUGCUCACCCCUUCAGGGAGGUUUUGCAAAGGUGGGCCUGAGGAGCCCCCUGGGAAGAAAGACAGGACUCUGCCUGGGCUCUUUCCCCAGCCGCCUUCCUGGCUCUUUUCCUAGCAGGCCCUGUGUCCUGUCUCCAUUGAGGGAGGGCUUUGCCUUUGCUCUGGCCCUUGCACACUCCCACCUGGCGUUCUGCCUCAGCCUCCUUCAGAAGCCAGUAGUGUUCACAAGCGGAAAAUGCUGCGUUCAGCCCUUUUUCUCUCCCUUCCUUGGUGAAAUUUUGUGGAGGGGAUCAAAAAUCUCCUGAAGCAAAGCGCCCUCCCCUCCCUGCCCUGACAGCUUCUUGCUGCUGUUGGUGUGGGCUGCUGCUUCUCUCCUCUUUCCUCUCUUCUCUGUUUCUCUUUCCGCCAGCGGUACCCGAGAGGUUGUCACUGAGCCCCUCUCCUCCGCCCGACGUGAGCUGCUCUCUCGCUUCCUUGCUUGUUAGCCGUGCCUGAUGGGUCUGAUGAAACAAAGGCCAGCGCUUCGUGCUAAAAAACAAAUUAAACUGCGGCGCUGCUUGUUGGUGCAGGGGUGGUAGCACCGGCUUAUCUGGUUGGCAGAGGGGCCGGCUGGUUUUUACUUCGGGCAUGGGAUCUAUUAAGCUCUCCCUGCAUUUCUCUCCCAAGCUUCUGCAAAGAUAAUGUGAGCAUGUAAUUUAGCUCUCACCGUGCAAAUGUCCCAGUGCCCUCAGCUCUCCUCUGAAGCGGCUGCAGUGCUGAGCCAUGGCCUCUAGUUGCCGCACGAGCGAAACAGAGCGUGUCCCCGUUUUCCAAGAUUAUAAAAUAUUGCACUAAUUAAAAUGGAGUAUUAGCGUAUCCUGAAAUGCUAUUUUAGUGAGUAAUAUACACAAGUUACUGUAAUUGUUUCCUGUGCAAGCCAUUGAUAAAAAUCCCUCUUGCAUUGAGCGCAGGAGGGUAAAAAUAAAAACCUUGGCAUGUUUCUGUUUCUUCUUGGAACCGAGAGAAAUAUCCCACACCCCCGCUUUGUUUUGUUUUACUUCCAGGUUUGACUCUGAAGGGCAGCUCCUGGAGUCCACCUCCAUCUCAGGCACAAGGACUGGGCCCAUGGGAGGUGCAGACACCAACUGGAAGAGUCUGCAUGAGGCCAAAUCUGAGAACCUGGGGCAAGGAGAUAAGGUACAAUGGGGACUCAGCGUUUUGGGCUGUUCCCUGGGGCUCCUGUGGUGGAGGUGGCAGAGGCAGGCAGUCAGCAGAGCCCUGCAACUAGAAGGGUCCCCCUUGCUGCCUGCAAAGUCAUAUGCAGAGCCUUAGACAAGUUCCCCCUUCAGUAUCCCUUCCCUUUCUCCGAAACGAAAGUAGCAGCUACGUUCAGGGGACGGGCCAUAGCACCUGCCUGACAAGCAGAAGGUCCUCAACAGCAUCUCCAGGUGGGGCUGGGAAGGAGGCUCCUGCCUGAGACCCCGGAGGAUGCAGGAGACGCUCCUGAGCUAGCUGGGCACAACGGCCUCGCUCAGUCUAAGGCAGCUUCCUGUGUUCCUACCUUCCUUGCAGAGUCACUAAGGACAAAAAUCAAAAUAAUUUAAAAAUUGCAUAUUGGAAUUCAUUAAGUGUUUCAUACUGAAGUGGCUGUAUUUUAUUCUUAAGAAUGCAUCAGACGUUCCUAAACCUUACAGUAAAUAACCAGUUAAAAGCAACGCAGUUAAACCACAUUAAAUCAUACCAUGUCUGGAGGCAAUUCAAUUCCAGUGGAGCAGAAACGUGAAGGAAACACUUUGGUAGCCUAAAUGUCAGUCUUGAUAACAGCUCAUUAUCUUUUAAAAUAAGAAUUAAGAGCAAUAGCCCUGGUGUCUUGAGGUGUUGGGAUGUUAAUAAGGCAAGACAAAGGGCCUCACAUUUGCAAUGGAGGGAAAUGUCGGCCGCACAGCCAGUCAGACUCCUCAGCCAGCUCAAUUAGUUCACUCUCUAAAUGGUUCGUCCAUUAAUCAGUCAAUUAAAACACACAUGCGCAGGUUACAAUAUCUCAAUUCAGGUAAUGUGUUGGAGGAUAUUUAAUGAACACAGUUCUUUAUCUUGACUCCUAACUAGCACAGGAGCAUUGUUCAACUCACUGUUGGGAGUUUGCCUGAUUAUGCGAAGGAAUGAUUAGGCAGUGGACCCUUCUGGUUUUGAGCAGGAGGUGUGGCAUGUUGGGGUCCCUUUAACAUGGGGGGGGGGCUGGCGGUGUUGAUUCCAGCAGGGCUAGAGCUGCAGCGGCCUGCCUGUCUCCCUGAGGCGCUGCUCUGGUGGUGGCUUGUCAGGUUUGAAAAACAAAAUCCCAUCCACAGCAUUUCCUGUCCCCCCGCAGGCAGACUACUUCAGCUGCUUGGCCACAGUGGUGUACCUGCGCAAGGAGAACUGCAUGUACCAGGCCUGCCCAUCCCCGGACUGCAACAAGAAGCUGGUCGACCUGCAGAACGGGCUCUACCGCUGCGAGAAAUGUGACCGGGAGUUCUCCAACUUCAAGUACCGCAUGAUCCUCUCGGUGAGUCCCUUUUCCAGCAGGUCCUGUGCCCUUCGCAGGCAGGCUCCUUUUCGGCUUGGGAGGAGCAGAGAGCGCUGUGUGUGCAUGCCAGCCUGCUCUUGCUGAGGGGAAAGAUGAGCACCAAAGAGCUUCUGUCUCCUGCUCCAGCGGACAAGAGAAGAUUAUGCUGAGCCAAUCGGCAUUUGCAGUGGUCUUUCCCAGACCACGUGAGUGUGCACAGAGACCACCUUCUGUUUCUCCCUCUCUGGAGCUGCGGGGGAAGGCUCACUGUCAGAACCCCUGCAGGGAGGGAGGAAGGGAGAGAGAGAGAGAGAGACUCCCCUCCAAAAGCCUGGAGAGCUGCUGCCAGUCAACGCAGGCAGUGCUGAGCCAGAUGUCCUGACUUGGCAUCAGGCAAGGCUCCUCUGUUCCUAAGCCCUGCAUUCCCAUGGAAAGAUGCGCUGUUCAUAUGCCACGCAGAGGGGCCAAGCAACCCUUCUUCCCGCUCCUCACUGCAGCCUCUGCAAGGAGUGUAGCAACGGCUGCUCUCCUGCCCACCCAGGCCAAAUGGGCCCCUUUCAGCCAUGACCUUCCAUUCCUUUUUUAUAUUUUAUUAGUAGAAUUUCCUUUAUAAAGAAAUAAAGUGAUAAAAGGAAAAAAGGGUGGGGAAAAGAAAAGGUCAGAAAGUUCAGUGUAAUACAGUUAGUAAAAUCAGCUUCAUUUCCAUACAUUUUACACACACACGUAUACAUACAUACAUAUAUAUAUAUAUAUAUAUAUAUGUAUAUAUAAAUAAAACCGUAGAGUUGGAAGGGACACAAAGGGUCAUUUAGUCCAACCCCCUGCAAGGCAGGAAUCUCAGCUAAAACAUCCAUGACAGUGAUAUUAUUACCUUAAGUGCUAUUUUAAUACAUCUAUGGUUAUUAAUAAUCUACUCCAUUCUGUAUUAAUUCAUUCCAAAUGUCAGUAUAUUUGUCCAAACCAAGUCUAUAAGCAAUAUGACCAUCUAUUUAUUUGUGCUAAACCAUCCAGGCUAUUGCUCUGUGAGGGCCUUGCAGCCUCUUGAACUGCGCGCUCUGUUUGUUGACUGCAGUUCAGAACAUGCCCCUUUUUAAUGGCUAAGCUUUUAAAGUUGGCCUUGCCUGUUCAUUGUGCGUCUUUCUGGCUGCUCUGUUGCCAUUGUGGCGCUGCUGCUACUGCUGCACAGCCUAGAUGGUGCUGUGCCGUUAAACGUCCCUUAUCCCUGCCGCUCUUUUCCUACUGAACUGGGAACUGGUGCAUUAGGAUCCCUGCUGCUGAGAACUGUGUGGCCACAACACCUUUGUGCGCUUCGCUUAGUGACUGGUUUUGGAGAGCGUUUUCAGGUGUCCGACAGUGGCAGGGGAGGAAGUAGAACGAAUAGAUCCUUUUUGCCCCCACUCAAGGGGGUACUGUUCAACUGGCUUCUGCGGUCCUUGUGCUCUCCUGAGCCCUUUGCCCUCCCUCCCUCCCCACCCCAAGUGCCUCUCGCCCAGCGGAGCCCCUUUGCGAGCAUCGCAGCCUUCAGCGCAGGAGCAUCGCUGGCCCACGUUUCUUUGUUAGGAAGAUAAGCUAAUGUGGAAUGGCAUUUCUGGAGAGCUGUAAUUGCACUCAUUCAGCUGCUCCCUAUAUUUAGUUCUCUCUUUUGUGGCUAAUGUUCUGUGUCUCGCGCAUUAAUGGGAACCGGCUUUGGAGCAGAGCAUCUGAGGGCUGCCAUUGUGAGGCCUGCUUGCACCUCCAGAGCAACACUGCUGCUUUCCUCCAUCCUUCGGUUCAUGAAAGUGCCCCCAAAUUAGGGCCCCUGCAACUCGCCUUUAGAAACUCCCAUGCAGGGAGCCUGCAAAGGGGAGGUUGGCGGCUGCUGGAGGCUUCACUUCAGCUAAUAGAGCGGCUAAAUGAACAGCCUCUCCAAAUCGACGGCCUCACCUUAUUAGAAUGUUUGAGGACGUGGCGGUGGGGGGAGCUGUCCCCCUGGGGGAAGGAUUUAUUGUACGGAGUGGAGGUGGGAGGACAAGAGGGAGAGGGAAGCCGGAGAAGUGCUUCUGAAUUACGGGCCACUUGAGUUCUCCUUCCGCAUUUGUUCUGCUAGGCUCUGCGGUGGGCAAGAGAUUUUGCCUGGUGUUUGACAGGAGCUCCUUUUGAAAUCCCUUCUCUGCCUGCCCCCGCGCCCCAAAUGGUGAAGAUAGCGAGCGUGAGGAGGGGGAGAGAAAGAGGGGGGAAUAUAAUUGCAGAAUGGGAAAGGACCCCGAGGGUCAUCUAGUGAAACUCCUGCAAUGCAGGAAUCUUGGCUAAAGUGUCCGUGACAGGUGGCCAGCCAGCCUCUGCUUCUAAACCUCCAAGGAAGGAGAGCCCCACACCUUCCGAGGGAGUGUGUUUGGCUGUGAGGCCCAAGCAGGCAGCGGGUGGCUGGGCCAGAAAUAGAGAGAGAUGCUGGUGGUCCCAGGAAGGAGCUGCAGAGCAGAAGAGGCGGGCACUGUGCACUCCUAGGGAUGUGUUUGGGCGGCUUCUCCAGAGGUCUUGCAUGCCCAGUUCCUGUUGAAAGUGUGUCUGUGUUUGAGUGACAUUGUUGAGUGAAUUGGGAGCUGUCUCAAAUCCCCAAAGAGUGGAAGGCUCUGCCCUGUCCAUCCAGAAGGGGGUCAAUUUGCAAGUCAGAAAGUGGGACAAAGGGAAGGCUGCCCUUUCCUUGCUCUGAAGUUGGUCCUGGCUCCUGGAAAUACACAAAAGUGUCUUGGCUUUUUCAGAAGGCAUCUAAAUGCCCAUCCGGCAUUAUCAGCCUGCUUUCUCUGGCUGCCCUGGUUCCUUCCUCCACCAUGGUGGGCGCCAGUUCCUGCCAGAGUCAAAGCCCCAGAGCCCCGCCUCUUCCCUCAUUAUUGGCCCCACCACUAAGGAGGCAUCCCUUGCUUUUUCUCCACGGCUGGGGAUGGCCACAGAACCGUCACAGGUUGCGCCCCCUAGCCUCUCCUCCAACCCCCCUUCCACCCAUUCAAUUCACCCUCUAUUUAAAACGAUUUCUUAUGAGGCAAUAAUCAAUAUUUAUAUUUAUGGACAAAUUUUUUUCCGAUUUUGCGCCCCCCAUUGCCUGUGCCCCUGGCAGGGGCCCACCUCACCACCCCCUAUCUGCAGCCCUGAUUGUCCCACAUGGUCCCAGCAGGAUGUGGCUGGUUGAAGUGAAGCCUCUUGGCCAGGCUCCUACUCUCCAUCCCCUCCUCAUCACUUUCUCUCUCUCUCAGUUUUUAAAAACAAAACAAACUUGCCCAAGAACCCCUGAGCUGCUUUCACAGCACAGAAACACUGCUUUGAAUAAUGGAUGUGGGCACUGAUGGGGAUAAAAUGGAAGGACUUUGAAAGACAGAGGUUUUGGGAAGGGCUGUGCAGAGGAGCCCUGUGAUCUGCCCUGACUUGUGGCUGCUCUGGGCGGCCUGGUUGUGCGAGAGGAGCUCCUUUCCGCCAACACCCCCCUGACAUGUCGUUUUCUUUGGGGGGUGGCUGCUGCCCCCUGGCAUGUGUGUCUCCACUUGUGGGGGCUGCCUGCAGGCAGUGGAAACAGGAGGAGUCAAGGCUCGGGGGGGGCACGUUGGAGGGGCUGAGCUGGGGGCUCCAGGCUGCCCUUGGUGGGGGGCUGAGGCUGUGCUGCUGUAUCAUUGGUCUUCUUAUCUCUCCCCCCCCCCCCCCAGGUCAACAUUGCUGAUUUCCAGGACAAUUUGUGGUUGACUUGUUUCCAGGAAUCGGCAGAGACCAUCCUUGGGCAGAACACAGCCUUCCUGGGAGAACUGAAGGAAAAGGUCAGGCCACUUGUGUCGCUUGCCUUGGGGGCUUCUCUUCCCUUCGUCACCUGGAUGCUUUAACACUCAUUACGGGGUCUGCAGAGGCCUCUCAGGCUCCUUGACAACGAUGAGCUCUCUGGGGAGGGGAGUCUGGGGGGCUUGCCCUGAGGGGUCUGCCUACUGCUGGCAGUUUUUUGGGGGGGCUGUGUCUGAAGGCUGCUUGGCAGCCAGUGGCGGGAGGACUGCAGGCAAGGCAGCGGGUAACAAUUUUGUCUGAAAAUGGAGGGCACUCAGGGCACAGUCCUGCUUCUCUCUUGAGGACACUCCCCACCCCAGUGAGAAAAGACCUGAAAUCCUGAGUAGCUGCGCAGGGCAGCCUGGACUGUUGGCUUUUUGUGUUUCCGGCUGGGGGGGGCAUGAGGAGUCCUUAGCGAGUGCUGUGCACUGCCUUCCCUGGGAUCCAUUUACUUUGGGAGACUUGUGCCCUGCCUUUCAAUCAGAAUACUUUGUUUAUUUGUUUAUUUUGCUUGAUUUCUUAAUGCGCUUUUCACCACAAGGUCCCUGGGCAGCAUACGCAAAAUACAUUCUUAUGAAACAAAUGAAGCAGUUACAACAAGAAUGAAAAUCAGUUCCACUUCAGUUCUGUGUAAGAGAACAAUACAGGCUUUAAGAAAUAAUGUAAAUACAAACAUUUAAAAACAGUUACACCUAUAGUGACGGUUUAAGAUAAUAAUAACAAAUUGUAACAAUGCACACAAAACAACACACACACACACACACACACACACACACACCAGUGGACCCACAGCAGAUGAAUUUCCCUGAAGUCUGCUUCCCUUCUGCUCUGCAGUCUAAGCGUUCUCUUUUGCAGGGAGAGCAGCUUUCUCCUGCCCAUAAAUGGACCCAGGCUUGUCUUUCCCUCAUAGUGAUGCUCUUUCUGGGAGGUGGUAGAGCUGAGCAGAACCUCCCAGUGGCCUGUGGUCUCUUGGCAGAGGCCCAUGACCUUUCCUACUGCUGUGCUGUCCCAGAUCAACUGACACACUCCUUCCCAGCAGCUGACAUUCGGGGCGUAUGGCCUCAUUGUGGUGGUCUCUGCCCUUCUUGCCUGGUGUUGCCUCGCCAGGGAUAACCUCCUGUGAAUUCCUCUAACCCCUUGUUGUCACAUGGAAGGAUGCUCUUGCUCGCUUUGAAAAGAUACCUAUCCAUAUUCUGCAAAUAAAUAAAUUAUUUUGAUACUAUACUGUACUACACUGAAAUUUUUUUAAUGUUUCCUGGAUUGUCCUUGCAUCUUCCUGCCACCCUUUCCAUCCUCUCUUGCCAUGUCCUUUGAAAACCACUGUCCUAUAGGGUUGUUCCUUAAAUGGCUUUUCAUAUAUGUAGGAGUAGCUGGAUGUUUUAUGAGAAACCAGAGUUGGCUGGGGGCACAUCUCUGUUGCUGCCCUUUCCAGAAAGGCCUGGCCAGGAGUCCGGCUGACAGGAGUUGUGCUGGCUCUGUGCUUCCUCCAGGGCCAGAGGCCCUGCGCCUGUCAUCACCAGGCGCUCUCAUGUGCUGCUUGCAGGCUUCUUCCCAUUGUGACAACUGCUUGGCCACUGUGAGAACAGGAUGCUGGCCUAGAUGAGCCCCACCCCCCACCCCAGCCUGAUCUGGCUGCAGCUUUUCUUACUAAGUCUUUCCAGAUUGCAGCCAAAAUGCUGUGCUUUUGGAAGAGCGAGUCCUUCGUGCCCUGAAGAACCUGUGUUCGUUUAAUGUGACAACCCUUCCCCCCCAUCCAUUUCCUUCCUGUGGUGCAGAGUCUGCCUUUGCGUUAGCAGCUCACCUGCUUCCCUGAACUAGAAAAAGGGCUUCCAACUGACACAGUUAAAGUUCCUGGCAUGCGGUUUCGCUUCUGCGACGCAAUCUGCCCUCUCGUCGGGUAGACUCCGGCAAGAACGAAAGGUUUUGCUGUGUCUUAAUUUUUGGGGAACAGAGAUGUUGUGGCUGGCAAAAGAGCCGUGCUCCGUAGGGGUAGAUGGGCAGCGGUGCUCUCUAGCAAGGCGUCUUGCCUCGCUGCUUUCAAAGCAGCCAUUUUGCCAAGGAGGACGCAAGCUGUGCAUUUAGCACAACAAGAUAAUAGCAUUUCCUUGUUUCUCUGCAGGCCCCUUUCCUGGGCAGCCAAUGCCUGAUCAUUAACCUAAAGCUCUGAGGGUUGGGCUAGCCUUGCUUAGAUCGGCACAGAUGAUGAGCACAUCUUAAAAGGCUGUGGAGAGAGGGAAGAUGCAGAUGGAGGGAAGGCAAAGGGUCAUGCAGUGGCCGGCUAAUGGAGAGCUCUUUCGGAGCCGGAGAGUUUGGCUGGUUUGGGGUGGAAUGAAGGGAAGCAGCUCCCGUGAGGUGUGUCCUGGGCACAAGUGCUUGGCAUCCGAGCUGCUAGUCCAUUGCUUUUUUCCCCUACGCGCUGAAGCCAGUGGCUCUAUAGCGCUGAUGCUAUGGAUGACCAGAGAGCAUUCAGCACCUGCCCAUCCCCUACCCGCCCCAGCUGGAACAACUGCAGCUUCAUGAUGUGGCUUGCAAGAUAAGCAGGGACAGCUGACUGCCUCUGAUAAGGCUCCUGGCAACAAGGAAAAGGCCGUCCACACUUGUGUUUUAGGCACCCUCCUUUAAUCGCAGCGGAGAAGCCUCCCACACCUUCUGCUGAUAGCGUCUCAUGGUGAACCUGCGUGUCUGUCUGGCUUGGGAAGGAACUUCUGAGCUGGCUUAGGACUGGAGCUGAAGGUGCCACAAUGCGUUUUCUGCUGGGCUCCCCAUGCUCACUUCCAGCUUAGGGUUGGCCUCAACCGCGUCUGUUCUGCUGUUCUUCCACAGAAUGAGAACGCGUUUGAUGAGGUGCUCCAGAAAGCCAGCUUCACCACCCAUGUAUUCCGGGUCAGAGUCAAGCAAGAGACUUUCAACGUAAGGCGGACACACGGAGAUGUGCACUCAGAAACAAGCAGAUCUGUAUCUUGUGGGGUUGGGGUGUUUGUUUGUUUGUUUGUUUGUUUGUUAAGCAAUUUGGGCUCUUCUUUGGCAGAGGUGGAAUAAUGAAAAAGUAGGAGAGAGGGGGCCCUGCCAGAAUAGAACUGGAGGCUGUCCAGUGGAACGUCACACACAGAGCUUAGACAAAAUUAAAGAGGGUUUGAAAACCAGCAGCAGGAAAUGCUGUGUGAUGAUCAGUAGCCGCAAGGAGUUAAAACUAUAUCUGGGGGAAUUCCAUGCAGGUGUUUUUUGCUUGGGAUUGAAGGGAGUGUCUGCACUAGAAACUGAGAUGGGUUUGAAACAGGUCCUACCUCUGUGGCUCUUCCAAAGGAAUCUCUCUCUGUGUGUGUUUUAUAUAUAUAAAGGCACUUUCCCCCUUCUCCCUCUUUCCCCUUAAGUAGAGAUGUUCCUUUGCUGGAGGCUCCUGCGGGGGCCUGAGAAGCUUUUGCCUGUGGCCACUUUGUGAACUUGAGCCAGCUCAAAAGGCAGGCUGUUAACCACUACACUGCUCCCUCAAUCCGCACGCUGUGUAAGAUUCUGCCUUUGCCAGAGAAUUAGCCUUUGAGAAUUGGGCCUCUCCCAAUCAAUUCCGGGUUUUGCUUGCAAUGCCGGGAACUGUGCAGCCGCGCCAGGUGGUUUGCUAGCAGCGCAGCCGAGCCUGGAGACGGUACGGUGUCCUCACCUGAAGCCUUUUCUCUUUCCCAAGGACGAAUCGCGCCUGAAGGCGACAGCGUUGGAUGUCAAGCCUGUCAACUACCAGGAGUACAGCAGGAGGCUGAUCGGGACCAUCAGGAAGAAUGCUGCCCAGCUGGGAUGCUGACGAGGGCGACGAGCAGCCUGGCACUGGUGCCCCCCUGCCCCUUGGCAGAGCCGGGGUCCCCUCCGUAGAAUAACUUGAGACAAAUGCUUGAAUUGGUUUCUCCACACUCUUGCACAGACCCAAGUUCCAGAAUGCUUUGCAUCCCCUUCUUUGCCUCCGUUGACUUCUGUGUUCCUGUGCCGUGGCUGAGUGCCAUCGUUGACAGGGGUGGGGGGUGGAGAAGACCUGCCGGCACAAAGGGAAUACCUGCAGGCUGAGCUGGGAAGGGGAGACCCCAGGCUGCGAUAGACCCCCUUACCCCCCACAAACUUGGGAAAUGCUCAAAGACCUGGGUGGGAGGGGCCAGGACUUCUGUGAGGGGGGUGGUGUUGUGUGGAAGGGGUCCCUUAGCUCAACAGAGGCUCCCCUCCCCCCCCCUUAAUGUUCAAAGGCUUCAUUCCUUCCACAGGUGCCAGGCGACUGUUAAUGCUUGGAAUGGCAAUAUGGCAGAAUUAUUAAUCAAAGACGUAUCUCUUAUAUCUGAAGAAUAUCCUUCCUUCAGGGUUUAAUAGACUGAGUCAGAUGGGCCCGAUAUUAAUCAAAAUUGUCUCUUCUGAGAGAGGCUGAUAAGCGUUGACUCUUCAUCCCCCUGGGAAAUCUAGGCAACUACAAAGCAGUGCUUUAGUUUUGCACUUCAAUUAAUACUGCAUUUUUGGGGCUGCCGACUGCGGUGGCUUUGCUACCUGUCCAUAAUUUUUGUUUGUGAACGAAAUGCCUUCUCUGUAUCACUGAGGACAUAGAAGCCUCCAACGGAGGGUGCACCUGGGCCCCUUCUUCCUCCUGUCUCUUUCUAUAAACAGCAUUUAGUUCUAUAUUGUGGUCUCUGCUUUCUGCAAACGCCAGCGGAUUCUCAUUACUGGAAAGCAAUUAAUUAGUUUUCAUAAUACGCUUUCACUUGGGGGAAAGACGCUGGGGCUGAAGUUGGCGAGAUGGAAGAGUGGCGAUUUUUCUCAGCCUUGUGUCAGCGAGAGCCGAUAAUGUGAUCUUGUUUUGGCUGGUGAAGGUGGCCUCUCUGGCAUUUUGGAUUAUUAUUAUUUUAUUAAUGUUUACCCAGCAGCCUAAGAACUAACCAGGCUUUACAUACACGUGCUCUGCGUGAACUGGUCCCGGGAACAGAGGUGCUGCUGCUGGGCUUUCUAGUUAGCAGAGCCAGAGAGCUGCGCCUGCCUCUGGUUGCAUGAAUUAUGCAUUUGCCAGCUGCAGCAAAGCGUUGGCUGCAUGGCUGGGCAGCAUUGCAGCUUCCCCGUGGGGUGUGAAUUGGAAGGCGGCUCUGGAGCCGACGAUGCUUUUGCCCACACAGGUCGCCCUUGUUUAGCGCGUGUCCUCUCUAGCGAUGAGCAUGAAAAUAGGGCUUCCCUUGACCCCUGACCUCUUGGCCCUCCUCGCUCUCUCCGUGGAGCAGAGCAUCCCUCUCUGGCUCUCCCAAGCGAGCUCUGGGGCCUUGGCUCUUCUUCCUUCUGACCUUGCUUAUGAAACGUUGGCUGGGAAAUUAUGGUCUUCCACCCGCUUUGCGAUUGACAAAUUGCAGGUUUGGUGUGAUCGUCUUUCUUUCUGCUCUGCUAACCAGUCUCUAUUCCUUCCUGGCUUCCAUUCACCACCACACCCACCCACCCCCAAAUUCAGGAAGGAGAAGGGGACACAGGCUGAAAUGGUGGAGUUUUCAGUGUGUGCAGAUGGCUCUCUGGCCUGACAGUUGAAUGUGGGGUGAGGGGAGAAAAGCAGCCUCCCCCGCAAAGAAAACACCAAUAAGUUUGUUUGCAGACAACCAUAGUGGGAGUGCUGUGACCAAAGUCUUCUAUGCAGCCAUAUGUCCUAAUUAGGUUCAAGCACGGAGUCAUUAGCUUCCUCGUAAAGGCUGUAAUAAAAGGCCAAUGGUGGCGCUCUGCAAUCGAGCCGCUUUUUCACUUAACUCUUUGGGAGUGGUGGGUGGAGAAUCGCGUUCCUUCUCUCCCCCUUCUCUCUGUGGGAGGGAGGGAGGGAGAAGUGAACCGAAUCAUUUCACUUCCAGUUCUUAAAUGUUCCUUGAAUUCCCCGGUGCCUCGUUGUUCAAGGGCUGAAAAACAGAUAGUGAUAAUCUGGCUCCUGUCUCUUUCCAGUGCUUUAUGCUUUCCAUUAAAAGGCCCCGGCUGGUCCCUGGUGGGUUCCCCUGGCAUUUCGAAUCCUCCAGGUCCAAAACGUCCCCCAUUUCUCUCUCCCCCCUUCCCUGCCCCCCUACUUAAGGCUGUCUCUGUGAACAGUAUAAAUAUUAUUGAUCCGGGUAUUUAAUACACUAAUGAAACAGACAGAUAUCGACUACGUAAUUAAUACACUCCCUUAAAGUGAAGUUUGGCAGCACAGACGGAGAAAGCCGUAUUGACUGGGCUGCUCUGGCAGGGAGCCUGCCUUGGCCAUCUUAUUUAUAGAAAGGGAAGCCGGUUCCCCUCCUCUGUGGGGCGAGUCUGGCCCCCACACCAAACACAAGAGAGGAAGAGAACUGCUUUUUACCUGCUCAAAGGCUUCCAUUUAUCUGCGGGGGUGCUAAAAUUCCCAGGCAUUUAGCUUUUUCACCUGUUAUGCUAUCUCUUAGCGCAGCAACGCAGGCGUGUGAGUUUGCACUAAUGGCUGUGUUAUUCGCAGCCUCCCUUGAUACGGCUGCUGUGCAUUAGCAGCACAUUGAGCUGGUGGCGGGGGUGGGGACGUUCUUCCAGAGAAAGGUGGUGCCAUCUGCUCCUCACGGGAGCUUCCUACACUAACCUGUUCAUAGAAUUGUAGAGUUGUAAGGGACCCUCAAGGGGACGCGGGUGGCACUGUGGGUUAAACCCCAGAGCCUAGGACUUGCCCAUCAGAAGUUUGGCGGUUCGAAUCCCCAUGACGGGGUGAGCUCCCGUUGCUCAGUCCCUGCUCCUGCCCACCUAGCAGUUUGAAAGCACGUUGAAGUGCAAGUAGAUAAAUAGGUACCACUCCAGCGGGAAGGUAAACGGCGUUUCCGUGCGCUUCUCUGGUUCGCCAGAAGCGGCUUAGUCAUGCUGGCCACAUGACCCGGAAGCUGUACGCUGGCUCCCUCAGCCAAUAAAGCGAGAUAAGUGCCACAACCCCAGAGUCGGUCAUGACUGGACCUAAUGGUCAGGGGUCCCUUUACCUUUAAGGGACCCUCAAGGGUCAUCUUGUCCAGCCCCUGGCAGGGCAGGAAUCUCAGCUAAAGCAUCCCUGACAGAUGGCCAUGGAAGAGAAUCCAGCACCUUCCAAGGGAGUCUGCUCCACUGUUGAGUGGCUCUUGCCACCAGGAAGUUCUACCUGUUUAGUUGGAAUCUCAUUUCUCAGCAUUUGAAUCCGUUGGCUUGGAUCCUCUGUAUCAGCAGAUAGCUUCCUCCAUCUUCCACAUGACCUUCAGAGAUAGCAGGAUGGCUGUUUGGUUCCGCUGUCUAGCCCAGCUGUUAAAUGCCCCACUCCACACCAGACUGAGCCUGCAGUUUCAGGAAUCCAUGUGGCCUUUGGGUUUUGAGGCUGGCUGGCUUGUUUUCCCAUUGUGACAACAGAGAGGGCCAACACUGGAAGCUGCUUUUAUAGCCAGGAAGGCCACUGGCUCACUUCACCCAGAAUCGAAUCCUGGCUGCCCUUCUCCAGGGUUUUCCCAGCCCUGAACCUGGAAUCCUGCAAGCAGAGCAAAGCCUCCCAACCUCCCUGGGUGGGAACUGCAAAUGGUGUUUGGCCCAUAGCAGGAAAAGCCUUUUAUUAUGUACCACUGUAGGAUAAGGUUACCAGAUUUUUUUUCCAAUGAAUCCGGGGACACUUUUCAACUUCAAUUCAUUUUGUAUGGGGGCUGAUUUGUAAAUCCGGGGACUGUCUGGUAACCUUACUGUAGGAGCAAUAAAGGGUGUCCUUUUUUAAAAGCC